AUUUCAGAAUGGGUGCCCAGGGUAGUAAGGUGAACUUUCGGCAAGCCGUGAUUGAUCUCACUUCAAAACCAGGCAAACAGGAUGACGACUCAUUCUGGGAACAAUUAUGGUCACCUGAUAGUGUUCAUAGCGUCAGUGAUGUCUUCGCUAUGAUCCCAGCUGAUGACGUCAGAAAGCUAAGAGAUGAUUCGCCCAAAAAUCUUGCUACCUUGUGCUACAAAACACUUGAAAAAUUACAGUAUGCACGAGAUCAUCCGAGUGAACUAAACGAAAGAAAGGUAAUCAACUGUAUACGGCUCCUAACUAGACUUAUUCCAUACAUGUUUGAAGAUGCAGAGUGGAGAGGGUAUUUCUGGUCUUCGGUACCAACCGGUGAUGGACAAACGCCUAUGGCUAGCGUACUACUUGGUAUACUUUGCGAUCUGUUGUUCUGUCCAGGUUUUACAGUGUAUUCGAAGGAAAAAGUGGAUGACCUUGCGUCACUCGAGACUUGUGAGCUUAUUUGGGAAGCUGGAGUUGGAUUUGCAAAUAAGCCGAGCUCUAGUGCCCAGCAUGACCAAAAUCGUACAGAAAUCCUCAAAUUAUUACUGACUUGCUUUUCGGAAGUUAUCUAUGCGCCCAUAACUGAUGAGAGUCGACUUCGCUGGGUCGCUCACUUCACAUCCGCUGAAAAUAGGAAUGUGUUGCCGUUAUUUACCUCAUUGCUAAACAUUGUCUGUGCUUACGAUCCUGUUGGCAUGGGCCUUCCGUACAACUAUUUACUUUUCAAUGAUUCUCGUGAACCACUCGUUGAAGCCGCGCUGCAGGUUCUCAUCGUUUGUCUGGAUAAAGAUAGUCAACCACAGACUGAUGAUACUGGUUACUCGGACAAUUAUUUCAUAAAUUAUCUUGGUCGAAUUCACCGCGAAGAAGAUUUCGACUUCAUGCUUAAGGGCAUAACGAGGUUACUGAGUAACCCUUUGCAAUCGACUUAUCUCCCAAAUUCUGCUAAGAAAGUAAACUUUCAUCAAGAGUUACUCGUGCUACUAUGGAAAUGUUGUGAAUAUAAUCAGAAAUUCUUAUUCUACGUAUUAAAAACAUCUGAUGUUCUUGAGAUAUUGGUUCCCAUUCUGUACCACAUCACUGAGUCCAGGAAUGAUCCGACACGCGUUGGUCUAAUUCACAUGGGCGUAUUUCUCGUGCUUUUGCUGAGUGGAGAACGCAAUUUCGGUGUUCGGCUCAAUAAACCAUACAUCGCCAAGGCAGCCAUUGAUAUACAAUCCUUCACUGGUACACAUGCUGACCUACUAAUCAUAGUGUUCCAUAAGUUGAUAACUACUGGAAAUCAUCGACUUCAGUCAUUAUUCGAUUGUUUACUUACUAUCAUUGUUAAUGUAUCUCCAUAUUUGAAAUCGUUAUCAAUGGUAGCCGCCAAUAAGCUGCUUCACCUAGUCGAAGCGUUCUCCACCCCUUGGUUCUUAUUCUCAUCCCCUACUAAUCACCAUCUAGUCUUCUUCCUACUAGAAGUAUUCAACAACAUUGUACAAUACCAGUUUGAUGGAAAUUCCAAUCUGAUUUAUACCAUAAUACGCAAGCGUCAGGUAUUCUACCAGCUGGCAAACUUACAGACAGAUUCAGCUUCGAUAUCAAAGACACUUUCAGGAAGAAAAGGAAAAGCUAGAGAGGAAAUGGUAGAUCAGCUAAAGAGCCCAACUUCACCCAUUGCUCCAGAGAUCCCUACAGGCACCACAGCUGCAUUGGCUGCCACACCUCAAGUGACGAGUACACCAUCAAGCUCUGAUGCCACAGAUGAGAAACCAGCACCGGGAGAAGACUGGGUGCCCACCGCUGAAUGGGCAGAACAAUGGAAGACGAAGCUUCCUUUGCAAACCAUUAUGCGUCUUCUUCAAGUUCUUGUACCUCAAGUGGAGAAGAUCUGCAUCGAUAAAGGCCUCACUGAUGAGAGUGAGAUACUGAAGUUCUUGCAACAUGGCACUCUUGUGGGUUUGCUGCCGGUACCACACCCGAUUCUUAUCAGAAAAUAUCAAGCAAAUGCAGGAACGAAUCACUGGUUCAGAACAUAUAUGUGGGGUGUGAUCUACUUGAGGAACACCGACCCUCCAAUCUGGUAUGACACGGAAGUAAAGCUGUUUGAAAUACAAUAAAGUCGUCUUGAAGUUCAAAUAAAGUAUAUAUCCAGUCUACUAAGUUACAUGUGGAACUAAUAUGUUUUUUUUUUCAUCUUUCAUCUGUAGUCGCUGAGUUGUGAUACGCAUUAUCCUAAUUUUCAUUGACUUGUGUUCCUCUUCUGUGAAGGUCUAUCAUGACUUGCUAUGACCCAUAUCGUCACUUUCUGGUUUCUUUAAUAUAUUUUUAAAUAUAUAUGGUACGUUUCAUUUGAGGGUGCUCGCUUCAAUAAAUUGGCCAUUGUAGAUCGAAAGUAGAUAAACAUGCUCUGAGCAUCCCCACCUUCUUUUUUACUGUCUUUACAUGACUUGCUUCCUU